AGCACUCUGUAGCUGCAUACAAAUGAGUCUCUUUCGGAUGCACCGCCGAGUAGGGGAUGUAUAGAUACGCUAAAGGCUAAAGGCCGCGGUAUAUUUCAUUUUAAUUUAAGCCAGAAAGUUACGUCGAGUUUUUUCUUUCUCUCUGUAUUAUCAUCACCAGGCUGAAAGGUAGUUGGUUCAAGCGUUCUAAGCUUUGAUUCAAAAUUAUGUCAGCAUUCAGCAUUCGCGAUGCGCCAUUCGGCCAGCUAUGUCGACUAGCUCUCGGUCCUAGGGUUUUCCGUUGUCCCGAUGAGCAAGAAGGAUUCGAGUAUCAACCGGCGGAAGAAACACCACCUGAAUCGCCUACGCCUGAAGAAAACAGCGACUCGACAGACACAAAUGCGGAUGUGGAAAAGGCCGCGCCAGUGCCGUCGCCAGGCCAGUCAAAGUCUAGUUACCAGACUGUAGGGUGGUAUAGCGAGAGCGAUCCCGAAAACCCGCAGGUGUGGUCUCUGGCAAAGAAGACCAUUACUUUCACCCAGAUCUGCCUUCUCACCUUUGCAGUAUACUGUGGAUCUGCAAUCAUCACUCCAGCCCAGCCGGUAUUUGUUGAAGUGUUUGGUGUUGGUGUCCAAGGAUCAUCUUUGGCGCUCUCGAUGUAUGUUUUGGGAUAUGGAAUCGGGCCGUUAUUCUUCAGUCCUUUGUCGGAAGUCCCAGCAGUUGGGCGGAACAUUCCUUACUUUGUUUCAUUUUCGCUCUUUAUCAUUAUCACAGCUGUGACCUCUCGAGUGUCGAACUUUGCAGGAGUUAUUGUGCUCCGGUUUCUUCAGGGGCUCCUAGGCGGCCCUGUUCUGGCGACUGGGGGAGCCUCGGCUGCCGAUAUCCUUUCUUUCCCAAAGAUCCCUUACGGUCUCACUUUCUGGGGAUGUGCCACCUUGGCAGGGCCCGCGCUCGGUCCGCUUUUGUCAGGGUUCUCAGCGCCGUUGAGCUCCUGGAGGUGGUCUAUGUAUGAGCUGCUAAUGCUCUGUGGCUUCACAUGGAUUCUCCUCUUCUUUUUCCUGCCAGAAACCAACGCCGACUUUAUCCUUUUGAAACGGGCCAAGCGCCUGCGCAAAUCUACCGGAAAUCAGAGUCUCCGAUCGGAUUCGGAAAUUAAGCAAGGAAACAUUCACUUCCUGUCCCUUCUGGGCGGUUAUCUGACUACGCCUUUCCUAGUCACGCUGAGGGAUCCGUCUGUGGCUUUUAUCAACAUCUACACUGGUCUUAUCUACGGCAUUUUUUACUCUUACUUUGAAUCGUUCCCGAUUGUUUAUACCCAGAUUCACGGGUUCUCUACGGGCAUAAUGGGGACUACCUUUCUCAGUGUGGUUGUUGCUUGCUUCUUCGGAGCUGGCUCGUACCUUGCGCUUGUCAAGUUCCACUAUGAACCUUACACCUAUAACAACGGAAUCGGCUCUCCCGAGCAUCGACUUCUUCCAGGGGUUGUUGCGGCCUUGAUUGCACCGUGUGGAAUUCUUAUUUUCGCUUGGACCUCCCGGGACUGGAUCAGUUGGGUUGUACCCACGAUUGGCAUCGUUCUUUACAUGGCAUGUGUCUUUGUGAUUACAAUGUGCAUUUUCAUCUACUUGCCUAUCUCUUAUCCUCGCUAUGCUGCGAGUUUGUUUGCAGCUAACUCGUUCCUUCGUAGCGCAUUGGCUUGUGGCGCUAUCCACUUCUCGCAACCUCUUUUCAAUAACCUUGGUAUUGGAAGGGGAUGUACACUCCUCGCCGGGUUGACGUGGGCAUGUUUUUUCGGUAUUCUUAUACUGUGGAGGCAUGGUGACAAACUGAGAGCCAGAAGUACUUUCGCCCAGGUUUACUGAUUGGCUUGCUGUGGAAUGGUCUGAGAGACGCGAAUUUCAGCAUGGUUGAUAGUUGAGCCUGGAACUUACUGGUUGGAGGAAACCCCUGGAAAAUAUUAGAUUCUCUGAACUUUGUUUAUUAUUAUUGUUUAAUCAAGUUUACUGUCCGUACCGAGCCUCUCGGCUAUGACAGACCUCGGAUCUUGAAGGCUGUUCCAAAUUGAUUCAAGCGCAGUUUCAAGGCGCUCCCUAUCAAGCGGAUCAUCACGGAAGA